AUGAAGAAGCCAUCCCCCAGGCGGGCGAUCUCCGUCUUCACCAGGCGCACAUCACGCUCCGACGCCUCCGGUAUGUGCUGUAUUGCUGCCAGCACAGCGCGCAGGGCCUCGCGAUGGGCGUCGAUGAGGGCCGAAGCCUCGACGUCGAGACGCAGUCGGAGCCCUUUUUCCCGCAGUGCGGCAUCGGAAACGGCAGCUACGUGUGACGGAUCCCCCUUGUCGCCCGUGGCUGAGCGCGUGACUGAGCGCGUGGCCAGCGCGGCGAACCCCUGCUGGCGCGGCACCGCGCGGGCAAGUGGCGCCGCUUGGGUGAUCUCCGCGCAGGCAGCUGCCAGCGCAGGGGAUCGGGGAUGUAGAUGGUUGAAGACGCGAGAGGAGCGCCACACGGCGGACUGCAGGACGCGCAACGCAACCAUGGCGAGGAGGUGGGGCGGGUCAGGGCCUCCUUUAUCAGCUGGGAGAAGGAGGUUGGUGGUGACCCAUACGCGAUCAACGGAUUUGCAUGGCUGGCGAUGA